AUGUUCCUGCGCAUAUGGGUGCGCACAAGGAUCAUCCAGGCUUUAGGUCGCGACGAUUGGACCAUGAUGAUCACACAACUGUUCUUCUCAAUCUAUCUCGCAUGUCAGAUAGGAGGGGCAGUAUACGGCACUGGGCAGCAUCUCGAAGACCUGGAGCCAUCAAGAGCUGAGCGCGCAUUGUCCUUCUGGUGGGCAUGCGAGUAUUUCUAUGCUCUAGCCACCGUCAUGAUGAAGGUCUCAAUCGGCUUCUUUCUGCUCCGUGUCGCAGUAAACAAGGUUCACGUAUGGAUCAUCCGCCUCACUAUGCUAUUGACGGCAGUCUUUGGUGGCGCAUUCGCUGUGGUCUUGAUCUUCCAAUGCUGGCCCAUCCACGCAUUCUGGACGCUGAACCCGGAUGAUGGACAUUGUGUCAACGCCGAAGUCUUGAGCGCUCUCACAUACACGAUAUCGGCCUUCAACGUACUGGCGGACUGGAUCUUUGCACUUCUACCAGGGUUUGUGGUCAAAGACUUGCAAAUGCCUCUCCGACGUAAGAUCUCUGUCGCUGUGAUCAUGGCUUUGGCAGCCGUCGCGUCGACUGCGACUAUAGUCCGACUGCCGUAUAUCUCGAGUCUGAAAGAAAGCUCCUUGGGAUGGAACGGGGACUUCUUGUACGAUACGGUCGGUGUAGCAAUCUGGACGACCGUCGAAGUAGGGCUUGGUGUUACAGCGGGUAAUAUCGCAACAUUGUGGCCGCUUGUGCAGCUUAUUAGAGCCAAGUUCGGGGUUGCUACCACGCACACUGACACGCCGAUGCCUACACCUGCGUUCGGGACACGAGGCAAGUCUCCAGCUAUGGAGCUUGAUGGUCUAAAAUCUGGACAGGGAGUCAGAACAGUCAUCUCGAGCAAACAAUAUAAGUCGCAGAGCGGUUGGCGGUCUCGAAAUAGCAGCGAGGAGUACCUUGCCAGGCCUGAGAACAUCACACGUCAGGUUGUUGUCGAGUACGAUGAAUACAAUCCGGGGCAAGAUGAGAAGAUGUCUGGCUGGGACAAGGCUUGA